CGCGAGGGGUGGGGCGGUGGGCGGUGCCUGAACGCCCAAAAGCGGAGGAGGCGGGGUUGACAGACAAAACCAGGAUUCAGGUGCGGAUUUCGUUAACCUAACGGGUAAACGUAUCCGCUGAUGACAAGAAUAAAUUGUGGGGCCAACUAAACCGGGCGGAUGUGAGCUGAGAGGAGUCAGCCGCUCGGCUGUUUGCGGUGUCUCUCAUUGGCUGAACUGUCUUCGGGUUUUCUAAAGACUUCGGGGGCGCGUGCGUGGCGCCUCCUGAACGGCUACUGAGUGUUGCAACCGUCUAAACUAGUUUAGUUUUGGUGGUUUUCCCCCCUUAAGGGAGUUCCAAAAAGGAUUGAGCUGGUUUGAUGUGUCCACUUUCAAACCUCUUGGAUCCUGUGACACACCUGUAAAGCUGCCUAGUCCUGUGUACUUAGUGUCAUCCCAGGAUUCAACAGACCUUGAAGAGCAACACUCUUCAUGCACGGUGAACUCUUGUGAUCAUUAGCCUACCAUAGCUUCGUGUGUAUAUCCUCAUACCUAAAGAAGAAGGAAAUGGCUUGUGCUGAGUAUUCUUUUCAUGUGCCAAGUCUCGAGGAGCUUGCUGGAGUUCUGCAGAAGGGGCUAAAGGAUAACUUUGCUGAUGUCCAGGUCUCUGUGGUUGAUUGCCCUGAUUUGACUAAGGAGCCAUUUACAUUUCCUGUAAAAGGCAUCUGUGGGAAAACUAGAAUUGCAGAAGUAGGAGGUGUGCCUUACUUAUUGCCUCUUGUAAAAAAAGAAAAAGUGUAUGAUAUAAAUAAGAUUGCAAAAGAAAUCAAGCUUCCUGGAGCUUUUAUUCUUGGAGCAGGAGCAGGCCCAUUUCAGACUCUUGGGUUCAACUGUGAGUUUAUGCCAGUCAUUCAAACAGAAAGUGAACACAAACCUCCAGUGAAUGGAAGUUACUUUGCCCGUGUUAACCCUGCAGAUGGAGGGUGCCUCCUAGAGAAAUACAGUGAGAAAUACCAUGAUUUUGGGUGUGCAUUACUGGCUAAUCUUUUUGCCAGUGAGGGUCAACCUGGAAAGGUCAUUGAGGUGAAAGCAAAAAGAAGAACUGGAAAACUUAACUUUGUGACUUGUAUGAGACAGACUCUUGAAAAACAUUAUGGAAAUAAACCUGUAGGGAUGGGAGGUACCUUCAUAAUUCAGAAGGGAAAAGCAAAGACUCACAUAAUGCCUGCAGAAUUUUCUUCCUGCCCAUUGAACUCUGAUGAAGAGGUGAAUAAAUGGUUGCGCUUUUAUGAGAUGAAAGCUCCUUUGGUUUGUCUGCCAGUUUUUGUCUCCAGAGACCCGGGGUUUGAUUUGCGAUUGGAGCACACUCAUUGUUUUAGUCAUCAUGGAGAAGGUGGACACUACCAUUAUGAUACUACCCCAGACACAGUGGAAUAUCUUGGAUACUUCUUGCCUGCAGAGUUUCUAUAUCGCAUUGAUCAACCAAAAGAGACCCAUUUAUUUGGGCGAGAUUAAGUCAAAUGAAAAAGAAAUAAUUAACUAAAGUUAACUAACUCAUUAAUUGAUACUACUAUAAAAUCCAAUAAAAAUGAUCUCACUACUUAAAUCCCAUUUUUUGAUCUUUAAGUGAAAGGUAUGUUGACAUUUACACUAUUGUUUCGUGGAACUACCUUAGAGAUUUUUGGAAACCAAGAUACAUAAUGAAAAUGUUCUUCAUUAUUUUUGUAUUCUUUAAUAAUAGCAAAAUCAGUCUUAUGUUUAUACCUUAAGUAUAAAGACAAUCAGGAAUCAUAUGAUUUAUUCCUACUGUCUACUGGUAAUAAAUUUGUGUAACAUUAUUAAAUUUUUCAAAUUAGUCUCACAACUCCUAAGUGGAUAUUUCUGGGUAUAGAAACAGUUUUGCAAAUGUUGAUAGUUGCUGAGUCUUAAUACUAAAUUUAAAAAAUCCAUUUCAGAAAUCAGAGUAUACUUUUUUCCAUGGAAUAAGGUGGGCCAAGGAAGCAACUUUACCCCUUUUGCUGGGGCUGAACCAUACUCAGAAGUUUGCAGUUUGCCUUUCACAAACAUUGGCAACUAGAUGGUAGGCCAUGAUGGCCCCUUUGUUUGGCUUGCCAAUUGGAAGCAGCUGGUACCUUGUCAGUUAUUUGCCAGAAAGAAAGGGAAAAGAAACAGCAUCAAAAUACAACACUGAAGUAAGUUUACUUUAAUUUACCAAUGAGGCUAUUGCUAAACAUGACCACUGUCCUUUGUAAAAUAAAAAAUUAUACUAUUUUACUGAUUGUAAUUAUCAAAGUUUUCCUCAAUAUUCUUCUGUAAUAAUUUUUAGAAAUCAACUGUCUAAUCUUAAUCUUGCUAAUGCUAAUCAUGUGCAAAUUUAGGAGUUCUUUAAUACCAAACACAUACUAAAUCUUCAAAAAAUAUUUUUUGAUUGUCUUCUUUGGAUGUUACCUAUAACAUGUCCUGUAAGUAUAAACUCCUAAAUGUUAUUUUUGAAUAAGUACCAGUCUGAAGCAAAAAAAUGAAUAAAAAUUUUAUAUUCACAA